AUGAUCGACAUCAAGAUCAAGGCAGCCGCCGUGCACGCUGCGCCAGUCUACAUGGACAAGAAGAAGACGCUCGAAAAAGUCGUCAAGCUCAUCGCUAGGGCAGCUGGUGAAGACACACAACUCUUAGCCUUUCCCGAGGUCUUUGUGCCGGGCUAUCCUUACUUUAUCAAUGCCUACGCACCAAACGCGAGUACGGUCGCAGCAUACGCGGCAGAGAGUGUCGUGGUCGCUGAGGAUUUGCAUGAUGUACAAGCUGCGUGCGCGAGACACAAGAUCACCGUCGUAUUGGGUGUGUCGGAGCGCAUGCAGGGCGGACACACGCUAUUCAACUCGGUCGUGACCAUUGACGCCGACGGGACUAUCCUAGGCGUCCACCGAAAGAUGCAGCCAACGUUUGCCGAGCGCUUCAUCUGGGGUCAGGGCUCGGGGUUCACGCUCAAGACGUACCAAACGGCGGCCGGCUACCGUGUCGGUGGUUUGGCCUGCUGGGAACAUACCAUGAAUAAUGCCCGCCAGGCCCUCAUUGACCAAGGCCAGCACGUCCACGUUGCGUGUUGGCCGGCCCUGGAGACCAUGGCGGGCUUCGAGGGCGUCGCCAAUGUCCAGAUCGAGGCAUUGAUGAAGAGCCAUGCACUCUCGGGCCAGACUUUUGUAUUGUGUGCCAGUAAUUUCGUCGAUGACACCUGUCUCGAGUGGAUGGAGGAGAAAUUGGGUCCUCAGGACAAUGUCAAGGCCGGGGGCGGAUGGACCGCCAUUAUACAUCCGUUUUGCUCGGUGCUUGCCGGGCCGCAGACAGGCUGCGAGGACAAGUUGGUCACGGCCGAGAUUCAAUUGAAGGAUUUGGAUCUCGUGAAAAUGUGGGUUGAUGCGACGGGGCAUUACAGUCGGCCAGAGGUGUUUAAACUGCAGGUAGACAAGUCCCCUCGGUGGAGAGACGAUCAAGAUAUCGUGGGCCCAAUCCCGUAUUCCGAGUAA